AUGGCCGACGCAGACGACUAUCUCCAAGAGGGCUUCGACCCGCGCAGCGUCACCGUCCCGCGCCUGCGCUCCAUCCUCGUUACGCACAACAUCGAGUAUCCCGCCACUGCGAAAAAGACUCAGCUGGUCGACCUCGUUGAGGAGCAUGUUCUGCCGCAGGUCCCGAAGAUGCGCGCCCAACGCGCCCGCGCGAAGCGGUCCAGCAUGGGCAUCGUCAAUGCGGGCAGCGCCGAAGACAACGGAUGGGACGACCACGAAUUGAGGCCGACGCCAGUGUCCAAGCCGCGUCGAUCAGCAUCGCCUCGAAAGGCCUCGGCCAAAGUCAAGCGCGAGGAAGAAGAGCAGGCGCAGACGCCCGUAAAGAGCCAGCCGAAGCGCAGUUCGCGAACUGCCAGCCGCUCAGUGAGCCGACAGUCAUCGCACUAUGAAGAGGAUGAGGCGCCCCAGUAUGAAGCGCCCAGGUCGUCGCGCCGCCCUCAGCCUGCGCGAUCUGCUACACCGAAAAUCAAAGACGAGCCGGAAGUAGAGGACGACACGCCCAUCUCAUCACACUACACUGCGACGCCUGUUGCUGCGACGCCCUACGCCCCUACGCCCUAUUACAGUGCGCUGAAAUCUGCCGCGCCGCCAUCUGCCGUUUCUGCCGCUCCCUACGAGGAAGAAGAAGAGAGCGUCUUUAGUGAUGACAAUCCAUUCCAGAGGGGCUCUCCCGCCAUCAAGACACCGAGCCGCAGACGACCGGGUUUCGAGGAGAUCCUUAGAAGCGAAAAGCCAGGCACCCGAAGACGUCAGGAUGAGUUCAUUGAGCCUUUAAGCAUCGAACGGCCGUCCACCACUGCGAGGUCUCAGGCGCUGUCUUCUUCUAAGAUGAGACACAGGACGCCAGAUUGGUCAAUGGAUGCCGGUGAGGAAUUCACGCCUGAUGCACAGCUGGAGCUUGAGGAGGCAGCCAGGAGGGGAGAGACCGAGAUUGUGCCACGGAGGCAAUCAAAGCCCGCCCGCAAGUCAAAUCUGAGGACGCCCUUCUUCGUCCUCUUCAUCUCUCUGCUCGGCGUCUACUUGGCCUGGUAUCGCCAGGAAAAAGUUGCCGUUGGCUACUGCGGACUCGGCCGACCAGCGACCGAGAUUAUCCCCCCGGAUGUUCCAGUGCCCGAUUUCAUAGUCCCAUUCGUGGAGCCUUCGUGCGAGCCCUGCCCUUUGCACGCCUACUGCUAUGAAGACUUUUCCGUCCGCUGCCACAGCGACUUCGUCCUCAAGCCCCACCCCCUGUCUUUUGGCGGCCUCAUCCCUCUUCCACCCACCUGUGAGCCAGAUGGCGAGAAGGCCCGCCGCGUCCAGGCAGUUGCUGAUAAGGCCAUUGAGGAGCUGAGGGAACGCCGCGCCAAGUAUGAGUGUGGCGAAUUGGUCGACGAGUCCGGCGCCCAAAUCAGCUCUCCUGCCAUUGCUGAAGAAGAGCUCAAGUCAACCGUGAGCAGGAAGCGUAACAAGAGGCUGAACAGCGAUGAAUUCGAGGACCUUUGGGUGGCUGCCAUUGGUGAAAUUACCACUCGCGAAGAAGUGAUUGUGGAGAUUGCAACAACUACAUCGUCCGAUCCCUCAGGUCUUUCAAACCGCAAGCUAUCGUCCAGCUCUCUCGCUCGCCUUCCGAUCACCUGUGCGCUCAAGCGCUCCGUCCGCCUCGGGCUGGCAAGAUAUCGAUUCCCAAUUGGACUUUUAAUGUCCGUCGUGCUGGCGGUAUUCUACUUACGCGCUCGAUACCGCCAACACGUCAUGUAUUCGGCGCAAGUCCCGGCCUUGGUCGACCUGGUCUUGGAUCGACUGGCUAAUCAGAAGGAGCUGGGCGCCGAAGAUAUAGAUGAUCCCUGGUUGUUUUUGCCCAAUCUGAGAGAUGAUGUGCUUCGCUCCGUUCAUAAAGUGGCUGAGAGAGAGAGAAUCUGGCAAAGAGUCAAGAAGGUUGUUGAGCAGAACAGUAAUGUUCGUACCGGCCAGCGAGAAGGCAGGAGUGGCGAGGUUGGCCGCGCCUGGGAGUGGAUUGGCCCUAUUAAUGGCGAGGGAGCCCGGAGAAGGCGGAUGAGUGGCAGAUGGAAUCGAGGAGAUUCAGCUGCUGACUCACCGGCCCCGGCAGUGGAGAGCAAGAAGUGGUCAGAAGGGAGGCCGAUUUAUUAG